AUGGUGUUUUUGAGGAGUCGCCGAUGGACAGAAAGACAUCAUCCAUACAGAAGGCAUGCUGCUGCAUUCGACAACACUAUUGAGAAGGAUGUUGCCCCUGAACCAUUAACUGGAGAAGAGGUGUUGGCAAGGGUUGAAGUACGCCAUAUUCUUGAUGUCAUGCACAUUGAGAAGAAUUGUUGCGAUGCCAUAAUUGGUACCCUCUUGAAUAUUCCUGGGAAGACCAAGGAUGGAGUGAAUACCCGUUUGGACAUGGUCGAUAUGGGCAUCAAAACUGAUGUAAAAGUGGUAGCUGGUGAGAAAAAGAACAAAUUGCCUUUGGGUAGUUGGAACUUGCUGCAUAAGGAGAAGAAAAUAGUGUGCGGGUCCUUUUUUGGCAUGUCAGUUCCUACAGGCUUUUCCUCUAAUAUUAGGAACCUAGUCUCGAUGGCAUAUUUAAAAUUGGCUGGUCUUAAGUCACAUGACUGCCACACAGUGAUGCAGUACUUUCUCCCGGUUGCAUUGAGAUCAGUUUUAGAGAAGCCUGUUAGGUAUGCCAUUAUUCGGUUUUGCCUUUUCUUUAAGGCAAUUUGUAGCAAAGUCAUAGAUGUUUCUAGACUUAAGCAAAUGCAAGUAGAUCUGGUUGAUACGGUUUGUUUACUGGAAAAGUUCUUCCCACCUUCAUUUUUCGAUGUAAUGAUUCAUCUAACACUCCAUCUUGUUAGAGAAGUUGAAUGGUGUGGUCCAGUGUUUUUCCGAUGGAUGUACCCAUUUGAGAGGUACAUGAAAGUGUUCAAAGGGUAUGUGAAAAAUCGACAUUUUCUUGAGGGGUGCAUAGCUGAGAAGUACAUUGUCGAAGAAGCUAUUGAGUUUUUGGAAGACCGUGUCCUUUCUCAAAGUGGUACCACUGUGGGAAUUCCAUUUACAAGCAUAGCUGGACACUACAAAUAG